AUGGCUCUGAGCUCCCUUUUGUUGACGGAAACGCAGCCGCUUGCCCACAUUGCUUUAUUGACACUCAGUUCUUCGUUGCUCUUUUAUCUAGCCCGAGGCCUUUACCAAGCCUAUUUUUCGCGGUUGAGCCGCGUUCCAGGUCCCAAGUUGUGGACCAUAUUCCCAUUCAUUCCCAAAUUUAAGAUACUGUUCGGCACCAUCGACCAAGAUAUUCGCGAGUUUCACAGAAAAUACGGCAACGUUGUACGCUACUCACCAGAGGCAGUGACGUUUACGACAAGCCAGGCCUGGAAAACUAUUUACGGCCAUGGGCACGGGCAGUUCGCAAAGUACAGUGCCUCGAAGCAACUCGACCCUGACUCCAACAUCCUCGACGCCGAUGAUGUCAACCACGCUCGAAUUCGUCGAGGAGUAGCCCACGCUUUCUCACCACGGUCUCUGGCUGAGCAAGAGCCGAUCAUUCACGACUAUGUUGAUAAGCUCGUACGAAGGCUAUCAGAUGUGGCUGAAUCCCGAAUGCCGACAGAGAUGGGAAGAUGGUUCCAUAUUGCUUCCUUCGAUAUCAUCGGCGACCUGACGUUUGGAGAGUCUUUGGGUGGCCUCGACAAUAACGAGUUCCAUCAUGUGGUAACUUCUGUCCUCAUGUUUAUCGAGCGAGCUAAAAAGCUCUUCGAACUCAAUACACUGCUGGGCCCGCUCUCGUGGAUUAUCCUGCCGAUCUUAGCGCGAGAUGUUCAAAAGGGCUUCAUGGACCAAUUUGACUACACCAGGAAGGCCGUAAACAAACGAUUGGAGAAUAACUCUGAAGCCACUCGCAAAGAUUUUAUGCAAGGUCUGCUCCGUGGAAGAGACGAGAAGACUAUCAACUCCACCGAAGAGAUUGUCACAAACUCGAAUACCCUCUUCGUCGCCGGCAGUGAUACCACGGCAACUUUGAUGACGGCUUGCACUUUCUACCUCUUGUCAACGCCUCAUGCGCAUAGAAGAGCAGUUGAAGAAGUCAGAGCUGCGUUCAAGUCACCUGGCGAAAUUAACUUUACGGAUGCGACAACACGUCUGCCUUACCUUCUCGCUGUGCUCAACGAGACCUUCAGACUCUAUCCACCCGUGCCGACUUCGCUUGAGAGAAUUGUUCCAGACACAAAAGAACCAACAUACAUUGAAGGAAUAUUUUUCCCUCCAGGACUUGAAAAUUUGCUGACAGAGGCGUGUUGA